AUGCUACUCUACCCUCUUGUUCUCCUUGCUGCUGUGGUGGCAGCGAUACCGCCUGCCCCUGUCGCACAGAUGCGCCCCCGGCCUGUCUCACUUGCGCUUACUCGCAUGUUUAAUGCUUCUGGAUCGAACAUCCCUGAACACGAUCGCGCUCGCGUGGCUCAUCUGCUUGCCGCAGGGAAGUCGUCAGCUACCGAAGGCAAACUCGAGAAGCGCCAAAACUCGAUUGAUAUAACAAGCGUUGUCUCACCAAGCGCCGCCUCACCAAAUUCCGCCUUGUUUUAUACGGCUACUGUCGAUGUUGGAAACACACCCUACACCCUUAUCGUUGACACGGGCUCAAGCAAUACCUGGGUUGGAGCCGGAAAACCCUAUGUACCAUCUAGCUCAAGUCAAGAGACUGGUUCAAUUGUUCAAGUCACUUAUUUGACGGGUUCCUCCUUCACCGGAAUGGAAUAUACGGAUACUGUGUCCUUAUCACCAAAUCUUGUAAUCGAAGGUCAAAGUAUUGGUGUCGCUCAAACAAGCCAAGGAUUUGUAGGAGUUGAUGGUGUUUUGGGUAUCGGGCCGACAGAUCUUACAGAAGGAACAGUAAUCCCCGAUGGGUCUCCUGUCCCGACGGUGACGGACAAUCUCUUCUCUCAGAACCUGAUUUCACAAAAAGUCGUGUCCGUAUAUUUCGAACCUACGACGGCUGAAAUAAACACGAACGGAGAAUUGACCUUCGGCGGCAUCGUCGAGACAAACAUACUUCCUGGUUCCGAGCUCAAUUUCGUACCGAUCACCUCGAGUUCACCAGGAAAUCGAUACUUCGCAAUCGAUGAAAUGAUUUCCUAUGGCUCGAUGAACUCAACCACCGUUCUUCCUCUCAGUGCAGGUAUUAUCCACUCCGGCAUUACGUUGCUCCUUCUGGAGACAAGUGCUUUCAAUACGUACACGACUCUGACAGGUGCAACAUUGGACUCUAACACUGGAUUUCUUACAAUUUCAAAAGACAAUUAUGCAAUCCUCGAGAGUCUCUUUUUCAAUAUUGGUGGUAACAUGUAUGAGUUCACUAAGGAUGCGCAGACAUGGCCGCGCGUUCUCAAUGCCGACAUUGGAGGCACUUCAGACGGGAUCUAUUUGAUAGUCGGAGAUUUAGGAAACAUUGGCGGGGGCACAAUAGGUGCGAUUAACGGGGCGACGUUCAUGGAGCGCUUCUACACUGUCUUCAACUCCGAGGAAAAUCAAGUCGGUUUUGCUCUCACGGCACAUACCUUUGACGAGACGAACAUGAAGGAUAAGAACGGAAACAAUCCAUAA